CCAUGUUGUUUUUGGGCGGAAGUAGCGGAGCCGGGGCUUAGCCCUUUUAAAGGGACAGAACCGGUUCUUAACCUUCCAGGAGUCCUUGGUGACAGGGUGAAGCGUCUAGACGGAGAGCUGUGUGUGGAGGACGCAAGCGCUGGGCUCAGAGCCAUUUCCUGGCCAGCGUGUUCUACCCCCUUCUCCUCCGCCGCCGGAGGAGGGGUCGUCCGUGCCCCACGGCUGUGGGAGGCAUGUUCAGGAAUUCGGCAGCCGUCUGUUUGCACCUGGUGAGGUCCCUCCGGAGAAGGAAGGCUGGAGCUUCACUCAGCCGGUGCUUGCACCAGACUCCCACCAUGGCCAAACAGCUGCAGGCUCGAAGGCUGAACGGGGUCGCUUACAACCCGUGGGUGGAGAUGGCCCAGCUGACCUCUCAGUACGAAGCUGUGAAUUUGGGACAAGGCUUCCCCGACUUCUCGCCUCCAGACUUCGCCGUGGAGGCCUUUCGGCAAGCUGUCACCGGUGACUUCAUGCUCAACCAGUACACCAGGGGAUUUGGCUACCCACCGCUGACAAAGAUCUUGGCAAGUUUCUUCGGGAAGCUGCUGGGACAGGAGAUAGACCCGUCCAAGGAGGUGCUGGUGACCGUGGGUGCGUACGGGGCCCUGUUCACGGCCUUCCAGGCCCUGGUGGACGAAGGGGAUGAGGUCAUCAUCUUCGAGCCCUAUUUUGACUGUUAUGAGACCAUGACGCUGAUGGCGGGGGGUUGCCCUGUGUUCGUGCCCCUGAAGCCGACCCCCGCCCAGAAGGGGGAACUGGCUUCCAGCAACUGGCAGCUGGACCCCGAGGAGCUGGCCAGCAAGUUCACACCUCGCACCAAAAUGCUAAUCCUCAACACGCCCAACAACCCCCUGGGAAAGGUGUUCUCCAGGGAGGAAGUGGAGCUGGUGGCGCGCCUGUGCCAGCAGCACGACGUGGUGUGCAUCAGCGACGAGGUCUACCAGUGGCUGGUCUACGACGGGUGCCAGCACCACAGCAUCGCCAGCCUCCCUGGCAUGUGGGAACGCACCCUGACCAUCGGCAGCGCUGGCAAGACCUUUAGUGCCACCGGCUGGAAGGUGGGCUGGGUCCUAGGCCCAGACACUCUCUUGAGGCACCUGCGCACGGUGCACCAGAACUCCAUCUAUCACUGUCCCACGCAGGCGCAGGCCGCAGUCGCCCAGAGCUUGGAGCGGGAGCAGCAGCACUUUGGCCAGCCCAGCAGCUACUUCGUGCAGUUACCGAGGGACAUGCAGAGCCGCCGCGACCACAUGGUGCGGAGCGUGCAGCUGGUGGGCCUGCGGCCCAUGAACCCGCAGGGCAGCUACUUCUUCGUGGCAGACAUCUCGGACUUCAGGAACAAGAUUCCCGACUUGCCUGGUGCAGAAGACAAGCCCUUCGACCAGCGCUUCAUCCAGUGGAUGGUCAAGGAGAAGGGCUUGGUGGCCCUCCCGGUCUCCUUCUUCUACAGCAAGCAACAUCAGAAGCAGUUUGACCACUACAUCCGCUUCUGUUUCGUGAAGAACGAAUCCACCCUCCAGGCCAUGGACAAGAAGCUGCAGCAGUGGAAGGAGCAGCUCGGGGCCUGACGUCACCCCCUCGGCCCCCGCCUCGCCUGGUCGGUCCCUGCCUGCUCCGCAGGGCUCCUGGUCCGAGGUGUAGUCACUCCCAGGUUGAGGAUAGAGGGUACUGGUGAGCCCCUCCUCUGUGACACAGGAUGGCCCCAGGGAAGAGCCCUCCUUCUGAGUCCCGGAGGAGUCAGGAGCAGCCCCCACGGCGCCCACCAUCCUGUGGGCGGAGGUGAGGGAGGCCUGGCCUGGGCCUCUCCCUCGGUCAGGCUGUAGGCUCUUGGGUCCCCUCUGGCCUCACCAGACUUGGCUGGGACUCACUGGGCACAGCCCGACGGUGUACUGGCCUGGAGUCCCAGCUCUGACCCCAGCCCUGCAGCGGCCCCAGCCAAGGCUCCGGCAACCUUGCCUUUCCUUAUCUAAACUUGACCUUGGGAUGUAGCCAGUACUGUCUGCCCGUAAUAAAAUUUGAAGGUAUUCAAA